AUGGCAAGCGUGAAUGUGGCCAUCUGGAUUAUUCUGUUCCUGUGUGCUGGUGCUCUUUGUGAGGCGAGUAUUAAUAGCUGUUAUCUUGAACCGUGCCAGAAUGGGGGCAAAUGUGAGACCCAAGAUGGAGACUACAUAUGUCACUGCUCUCAACUUUAUGGAGGUAAGAACUGCUCAGUUGCUCUGGUUGGCUGUGAGCACCACAGGUGUCAGAAUGGAGGAACCUGCAUCCCUUACUUGAGCAAUGGACGCCACAGGUACAGCUGCACCUGUCCAAGAGGGUUUGCAGGAACCAGGUGCCAGAGCUCAACCACCUUCUCAUUUCAGGCAGGUGGUUUUCUCCACAUGCAGACGACCCUUGCCAAUGUUAACGGACCCACGAACAUCUCCCUCAGUUUCCGCACUGUACAGACCAAUGCCACGCUCCUCCAGUGUCGCACUGAGGGUCAGCUCUCAGCUCUGGAGCUGGUGAAUGGUCGUCUAGAGUACAGUAUGAAGAAGGACCAAGAGACAGUGGCCCUUUUACAGCUCCCACAGGAGUUGUCUGACAGCCGGUGGCACACUGUGCAAAUCUCAUUCCAGAACAGCAUACUAAAACUCACAUUGCUGGAUGAAUCUUGCACAAAAAAAACCUGUCACCAAGAAGCAGUGGUCAACAUAGCCGAAUGGAAUUCAAUGUCAGAGCUGGGGUCUGGCCAGUUUGAGCCAAGUGUUGUCCAGGCCAUCUACAUUGGCAGGACGGAAGAGGAAGGGGCAGAUCCAGCCUCAUAUUUUGUGGGGUGCAUGCAGGACGUGCAGCUGGAUUCUCGCUUGGUGGUCCCAGGAGCAAGGAUGCUAGCCGCCAAAGCUAAUGUCAGCAUAGGUUGUAGUGACAGGGACCCCUGUGAGGAAAACCCUUGUCACAACAGAGGACGGUGCAUCAGCCGCACCUGGAGGAGCUACAUUUGUGAAUGUCAUCGACCAUACGAGGGGGAAGACUGCUUAGAAGAAUACACUGCAGCAAGGUUUGGUAAUGAAGAUUCUGAGAGCUAUGCGGUCUUUAUGGUGGAUGAUGACCCUGGAGAUAGCGUCAUACUGUCCAUGUUCGUGCGAACUCGGCGACCCCAGGGAUUGCUCUUGGUUCUUGCGAACAGCACCAGUCAGUAUCUACGUCUGUGGCUUGUUGGAGGGAAGGUCAGAGUUCAGAUUAACAACUUUGAGAGUCUGUCAGGCCAGGAAAGGAUUGACGAUGGACACUUUCACCUUGUAACGGUGAAAACUGAGCAAGGGAAGCUGACUCUCUUUCAGUCUUCAAAGCCACAGGGCAUAGUGAGCAUACGCAACGUUGCCAUCCAGCCUGGAGAUGUUGUGUAUGCUGGGGGGUUGCCGGAUCGCCGUGCCUCCUUGGCUUUUGGGGGUUAUUUCAAAGGUUGCAUCCAAGACUUGCGCAUGGGAUCUACACACCUACAGUUCUAUCCCAUUGUCGCUGCAGUGAAAUCUUAUAACCUCCAGACCCUGGCGAAGGUUACCCCAGGUUGCACCAGUGACAACUCUUGCAGUAGCAAUCCUUGUCAGAAUGGAGGGGUGUGUUAUUCCAUGUGGGAUGACUUCACUUGCAGUUGUCCCCCCAACACUGCUGGUCAACGCUGUGAGGAGGUCAAGUGGUGUGAGCUGUCACCAUGUCCAUCAACUGCUAUAUGUCGGGCACACAGCUUGGGUUUUGAGUGUAUUGCAAACAUAACACUUCGUGAUGACAGCUCCAUCAUAACCUUCAGAGGUAAUGGAAAAAUUCACCGAUACCUCAACAGCAUUUCCCUCCAAGUCAGGACAAGGAGGCGUGAUGCCACUCUCCUGCAUGCUGAGAAGGCAUCAGACUUCAUUACCAUUUCCAUCCAGGAUGCUCGCCUAGUACUGGAGCUGCAAGCUGGAGAGGGCUCCUCCAAACUUACUGUGCAGAGCCAGGAUGAAAUCAGCGAUGGUCGAUGGCACUCAGUACUUCUUGCCAUGGAGAACCCAGCCCUUCAGUUUUCCACAUGGACCAUGGUCCUGGAUUACCACUGGGACAACAUGAUUAUCUCAUCUGCUGCUUCUGGUGACCUUGACUUCCUGAGGGAAGAUGUGGACAUCCUGCUUGGUGGACUUGGUCCAGAGGCAGGUGGGACUCUGUCCGGUUGCUUGGGUCCUGUAGAGAUUGGGGGUCUCCUGUUGCCAUUCUAUGCUGUCACAGAGCUGAACCUGCCAAGGCCUCAGGAUGAACAGUUUGAGCGAAUUUCUGGAACUCCACGCUAUGGCUGCUGGGGAUCUGAUGUCUGUCUUCAAGAUCCUUGCCAGCAUGGAGGGGUUUGUGAGGACCACUUUGACGUGUUCCACUGCCGGUGUCCUACCGGAUGGGGUGGACAAAGGUGUGAGGUCAGAGUGAAUGCUUGCAGCGCAGAACCUUGUAUCCAUGGAAAUUGCAGUGUAAACUCUGGAGGAUAUGAGUGCUUGUGUGAGCUUGGCUACACAGGAGAGCGGUGUGAGGUAAAUUUGGAUGUUUGUGCUGGGAAUGAGUGUGGUAAUGGUGCCACAUGCCUCAGAGGUCUCCAUCACUAUACCUGCCUCUGUCCCAGGAAUACUACAGGACCUCUUUGCAAACAGAGAAUUCCAGAACUCCCAUGGUAUAUAGACAGGAUUCCGUUUCCCAAGCUGCCUGUGUCUUUCUGUGGGAAUGAGAAAUGGAACUACAGCUGCUUCAAUGGUGGGAACUGCUCUAGUUCAGAACGCAUGUGUCACUGUAUGCCUGGUUUCACUGGCCAGUGGUGUGAAAUGGAUCUGGAUGAAUGUGCAUCUGACCCAUGUCUGAAUGGAGGCUUCUGCCGCAACCUCAUCAAUAGGUUCCAGUGCGUGUGUGAGAUGAGCUUCGCCGGAGAUCACUGCCAGAUCGAUGUCAGCGAUUUCUACGUGUAUGUUUUCCUGCUCCUUUGGCAGAACAUCUUCCAGCUGCUCUCCUACCUCAUUCUUCGUCUGGACGAUGACCCUGAGGUUGAAUGGAACGCUGGAAACGAAGAAUAG